CAUUAUUGUCACCGAUGUCCCACUGGGUGUGAAGUGAAGUGAAUUAUAUUUAUAUAGCGCUUUUCUCAAGUGACUCAAAGCGCUUUACAUAGUGACACCCAAUAUCUAAGUUACAUUUAAACCAGUGUGGGUGGCACGGGGAGCAGGUGGGUAAAGUGUCUUGCCCAAGGACACAACGGCAGUAACUAGGAUGGCACAAGCGGGAAUCGAACCUGCAACCCUCAAGUUGCCGACACAGCCACUCUACCAACCGAGCUAUGCCGUGAGUUUUCCUUGCCCUUAUGUGGGCCUACCGAGGAUGUCGUAGUGGUUUGUGCAGCCCUGUGAGACACUAGUGAUUUAGGGCUAUAUAAGUAAACAUUGAUUGAUUGAUUGAUUCAGUGUUGACAGCUAGAUUAUUUUGUGGACAUGUUCCAUAAAUAUUGAUGUUAAAGAUUUCUUUUUUUGGGAAGACAUGCUCAGAAUUAAGUUCAUGAAUCCAGAUGGAUCUCCAUUACAAUCCCCAAAGAGGGCGCUUUAAGUUGAUGAUUACUUCUAUGUGUAGAAAUCUUUAUUUAUAAUUGAAUCACUUGUUUAUUUUUCAACAACUUUUUUGUUAUUUUUAUAUCUUUUUAUCCAAAUAGUUCAAGAAAGACCACUACAAAUGAGCAAUAUUUUGCACUGUUAUACAAUUUAAUAAAUCAGAAACUGAUGACAAUAUUCUGUAUUUUACUUCUUUGUCUUUUUUUUUCAACCAAAAAUGCUUUGCUGUCAUUAGGGGGUACUUGAAUUAAAAAAAUGUUCACAGGAAAAAAGGUUGAGAACCACCGAUCUACAAUACUCAUGAAAAUGAAGGAAACGCAUUGAAUGAGGAGAAGGUGUGUCCAAACUUUUGGCCUGUACUGUAUGUGUUCCUGUCUUAUAUAGGGAUUGUGAAUGAUAAGACAACGCAUCUUUUUCUAAUGUUUGCAUAUUUCCACCCUGACUGAUCUGAUAACAUGGUCCAGUGACAUCCAUCUACGGAAAUUACCGAAGACAUUCAGAGAUGUUGUCAUUUUGUGAAAUUGUGGUGAUAUUUUCACAUACUUUGCGGAUUGUAAAUACAAUUGGAUAUGAUUCAAUGGGUACAUUGAAACACAAAUAAGCAUAUACAUUUUCCACUCUACCAGAACAGUACAGCACUUCUGUAACUGUGACAAAAUAAAUAGACCAAAAUAAGACUUAAUAGUUAAGGGAAAAGUCCGCCCUUCCUUAGCUUUCUGGAAAUAUAGCCCCCAAAACAUCCAUCCAUUUUCUACCGCUUGUCCCUACAGUAUGCUGCGUGGCAGCUGUAUGCUUACGUGCCGUAUGGGGAAGUCUCAUCCGGUAAAUCUACAGCCACAGCCAUGAAGGUCCUCUGCAGGCGAAGGUUAGGCACAAAGCCCGUGUCGGCUGUCUGGUGCCAGCGGAUGUUUGGAAAGCUGUCAUCCGUGGAGCCUUUUAUGUUGGUGGACAGCUGCAUCACAGAGAGAGGAAGAGUCCACAUUGCUGCAGGGCUCUUAAAGAUGACCACGCUUCAACAGGCGUGCCACCCCAGCAGGACUCUACCAGUCCGACGGGGUACUUCAAGUUCUCAUACAUGUAACAACCAAAGAGCCAACACACUGCAGAGAACUGGGCCAGGCCACCUGAAAGCAAGAACACCAGUCCAAUCACCCCGCCGAGGUCUGCAUAUACUUGCCACCCGACAACAGCGAGCUACAUUUACCUUUCGUCACAGUGACUGGAAAGACCUGGGAAAACCAGCUUGAGUCGAGGCAGGAGGCGGCAUCGUGGGAAGACCCCCUGAAGACGAUAAUGGCGGCGGCUGGUUCUGUCAGUGUCUGCAGAGCUAGAGCGACGGGCGGUGAUGAUGCUGGAGUUGACUCCAGGACAGGAGGCACCAUUCCACCCAGCUACAACGCCAACCUGUCCACCAGUGUCAGGACUUGGACUGUGGUGCGGUUUGUUUUCUCGUGGUGCAAAGCAAUUGGACCGGACACGACGUGAAGCGGCAGGAACUGGAGGACUGGUCAGGAUAGAGGGAAAUAUGACUGCAGCAAUAUACAGAGACAUCCUGGAUGAAAACCAACCCGUCCCAUCCAACCUGAUAGAACUUGAGAGGUGCUGCAAAGAGGAAUGGCAAAGUUGCCAAAGAAACCAUAAACUUCUGUUCUUGCCCGAGCGCACUUCAGUACGCAUUCAUGUGUGCACUGCGCUGAGCCCAGCUCGCAAUCAACCGCCAGCAAUCAGUGCACCUGUGGCGGACCAGGGCACCGGCCUUUAUAAGCCUGCACAACCUGCUAUCCCGUGCCAGAACAUAGCAACCUGUUCCUCAACCCUUCAUUCCCACGUGACCAGCUAUGUGUCUCGCCUCCCCCUGUGUUCCCCUCUGGUUCUCUGGCUGCCCCAUUUGGAUCUCGACCUCCCGCCUGGACACGGACCUUUGACGCCUCGCUACAGUCCCCGACUUCCUGCCUGCUCACGGACCUCCGAGCUCGUCUUGUUCCCCCGUAUGACUUCCUCACUUCUCGCUCAACAUUCCCGAUGAUUUCGGACAACCCCGGAAGCAAGCUCAGCUGUCCCGGCGAUGAAAUGGGGAAAUGCCCGCAACAUAACGAGCGGCACCACUGGCUUAUACGGCGUCAAAUGGUUUCUACAAACUG